AUGGUUAAUGCUGCAGUCGCUUUAGGUUCAAUCACCGCAGGCAUCGGCCCUAGAACUUUGAAUAAAUUAUCAGCAUGUGUUGAUAUGCCUGGGAUGACAAAUCACAUGUUUAAAAGAUACGAGAGAGAAAUAGGACCAGUCAUAGAACAAGCUGCCAAGGAAAGUUGCGAACGUUCGGCACUUGAAGAGAAACGACUAGUGAUUGAGAAUAUACAAACGCUUUAUGAUACACUGCCUACCAAUAUUGCAAGGGAUUUGUAUCCAGAAAUAAAAGUCAUGAACUCAGCAAUAGAAGAGAGCAACAACAAUUCACAAGUUAAUCAAGACAAAUUUGAUAUAGCCUACGACAGCCUGAACGGAUACGCAGCUAUCAUAGGAUUCUUGUCUAAAAAAGUACUGGAUUUCACCACCAGAAAUCGAAAAUGUGCCAAGUGUGAUAAAGAUUGUAGCAAAGAAGAUCAUGAUUGCCGAGAAAAUUUUCAAGGUUCUGCGAAAGCUAUGGAAGCUCAUGCUGGUGUGCAACUAAUAAGAAAUAGUGUAAUUCUAAAAAACAACCAAUUAAAUGUUGGAGUUGUCAUUGGUGAUGAGGAUAGCAGUAUGAUAGCUACCGUGAGAAAGGCCGUCAGUCAAAAUGAAGGAAAUUAUAGGGAAUUGGCAGGAGUGUUGAAAAAUAUUCCAGACCACGUUUACAACAGGCAUGAAAAUUGUGGUCCUUGGUGUAAUCGUCUACGAGGGCUUGAGAAACAAACAAUUAUUCUAACUGACGAUAAACUGUAUGAAAAAAUAAAAAUUAUUUUUGCUAAGUACGCUAAUAAUGGGGGAAAGUUUUGUGUUGCAGCUUCGAGUCAAGCGAACGAAAGCCUAAAUAAUAUGAUUACGGGCAGAGCACCGAAAGCAAAGUGUUAUAGCAAAAGUGAAUCUGCGGAUUAUAGAGUAGCAAGCGCUGUGCUCUCAAAAAAUGAUGGAGAUUAUUCUAUUGUAGUUGUAAGACAAAAGCUUGAUUUACCUGCUGGCAUGCACGUGAAGAGUUAUUUUGCGAAAAUUGAUAAUGAUCGGAAGAGAAAAUCUGCUGAAAAAAAUACAAGAAAAGCCAAAUUAAGGAGAUUACAACUAACAAAAGAACGAAAAAUCUUACGUCAAAAAAAAGAAAAGCUAGAAGAUGUUGUUUAUCAAUCAAAUUGUGGUAUAAAUUCUAUUCAAAAAAGUAUAGUCCCUGCCAAAAAUGUAAGUGAUACAUCAACACCGAGCUAUGAUAUAGUUUAUUUUGAUAUAGAAACUUCAGAUCUGAGUAUAGAUUGUGAUAUUCUCCAAAUAGCAGCUGUAUGUGGUGAAAAGAAAUUUAGUAUUCAUGUAAAUCCUAGUCAAAAAAUUUCCCCUCAUGCAACAAAAGCCAACGGUUUGUCUGAGUUAUGCGGUGAAUUGUAUUUUUUGGGGAGCAAAGUAGUAACGUUAACUUUACAUGAAGCUUUAUUGGCAUUAUCUUAUUUUUUACGUAGAAUUUGUAAUUCAUGCAUAUUAGUAGCUCAUAAUGCUCGUUUCGAUGUACCGAGAUUGAUAAGGGCGAUAGAAAAUACGGAAUUGAAUGAUAAGUUUAGAAUGAUACAGAGAUUUUCAGACAGUUUAGCGAUGCUUAGACAGAUUUAUCCACAGAAAAAAGGAACUGGAGCGUUCAAACUAAUAAAUUUAGCCAACGAUUUAUUAGGACCUCAAAAUGCUGAUCUUUUCCACGAGGCUCUUUUUGACGUUACAGUCUUGAAAAGCAUGGUUAAUAAAGCAGAUAGAAAAGAUUUAUUGUUAUCUUUAUCAAUAACAUAUCAAGAAGUAGUAUUACGUUACAGAAACAACGAUAAAAUCAAUAGCGGUAUCACUAAAUUAGGCGAUUUGAAGAUAAUCGUUUCUAAAAUUAUUUUACAAAAACUUUCGCUUGCGGACAUUGAUUUGAAACAGUUGAGAGAUUUAUAUAAAAAGGAUAAGGCAGAAGGAAUAAUAAAUAUCCUCUCCUCCAAGUCAUUUAACAAAAAUUUGAUUGGAAAUAGGUUGACGGUUGUCAACUUUCUCUUAAAUCGACAGAAGUUGAGAUAUAAGCAACAAAACUAA